CUACAAGAUGGGCAUGCUACAUGUCCGGGCCAGACGCGCACCCUCCAAGGAGAACACUUCGUACUCGCAUGCCUUUGUGCGAGCUGCCUUUGCCUCAGCUGGCCCCCCCCCGCUCCUCGUCGCGGCCGUCACCCUGAGGGCUCCCGCUGCGGUGGGCGGCGCGGCCGCAGAGCCCGCCGCGCCCGGAGCAGUGGCGCUCCCCGCCUGGGCCGCGGAGGCGCCGCGGCCUCGUCGACGAGGGCCGGUGUCCAGAGGUGCGCGUGCUGGUGUUCUGUUCGCCGGUGGAGCCUCAGGACAACGCGGCGAGGGUUGCGGCCAUUCGCUCGACGUGGGGCGCUGAUGGGGUGGUGCGCGCCCCGAGUGGGGCGUGCCUUCGGCUGAGCCUCUCGGUGAGCGACGUCCCGCAGCCCGCGAUCGAGGACACCGGAGAGUGGCUCAAGGCCUUCACAGCGGAGGCGGUCCAGAGCCCUGGCCUCUCCUGGCUGAUGAAGGUGGAGGACGUUUCCUGGGUGCUGCCUGGUCGCCUCGCAGAGCUGCUGUCGAGAUACAGCCCGUCGCAGCCGCUGCUUCUGGGCAACCAGCUGCGGACGAAGUGGGGCCCGCACCACAGGUACAUGUCCGGAGCGGGCUUUCUCAUGAGUGCCGAGACCUUGAAGAGGCUCCAGGAUGCCUUCCUCCAGAAGGGCCUUGAUCUGGUUCCAAAGGGGCUCAUGAAGAUCCCAGACGUCGGCGUCACGAUGAUCUGCGAGCAGCUCGGGGCCGCGGUGCCAGACACACGCGACGCGAUGGGGGGCGAGCGUUUCAACGUGUUCCCACCGCACGUGUGCGCGAAGGGCGCGUACCACGACUGGUACCGUGAGUACAAGGCGCAGGCGGAGCAGGAGGCCCUGGGCGGCGAGGGGUGCUCCGCCACUGGGGAGAGGGCGUGCUCUUCCACUACGUCGGGGCCAGCGAGCAGGGCGAGCUCGGCCGCCCGCUGGGGCUGCCCGCCCUCCCUGUGCCCGCCUGGCCCUGGCCCCGCCCGGCACUGUUCGACCGCUGGGGCAAGCCGCCCGGGGCCGACACCGCGGCGGACCGGCUGCUCGUCAAGCUCCACGCCUGGGACGUGCCUGGGCCGACCACGGCGUGGUGGACGCUGGCGGCGGGUUGGGGGCCCGCCGCGCAGAGGGGCUCGCGGGUCACCGUCCACGCGGUGGGCGCCCUGCGGGAGCCCCGCACGGUGUUCUGGAACACGAGCGAGGGCGGCGGGAAGCCCUUCGCGUACACGGCGGGCGUGGGGGCCGUGAUCGCGGGCUGGGACCGCGGGGCGCUGGGCCUGCGCUCGGGGGAGACGAGGCGCCUGCUCAUACCCGCCGCCGAGGGCUACGGCCACGCGGGCUUUCCUGCAUGGGGCAUCCCGCCGAACGCGGCUCUCGUCUUCACGCUGGAGUGCGUGGAUGUGGCUGAUGCCCCCGCGGAA